AUGUCAGAUGAGUAUUUAUCAUCAUGGACAGAAAUAUCGACGACUCCGCCUAUCCGUCGAAUUCCAAUGGAUAUUAUUUCAAAUUCGAUGAUUUCAAAUGAGCAAAUUCAUAUUCAUAGGAAUUUAUCAUAUUCAGUUGAUUCUUUGAAGAAACUUCGAAAAAAUUCUUAUUAUUCUGUGAAGCAAUCAUUCGACAAAUUGAAAAGUUUCUCAUCCAAUGAUGAUUCAUUGGAAUCUAUACCAUCGGAUAUUCCAAACAAUGAUGACGAUGAUGAUAGAAGUAGUUAUGAUGAAAUAAAUCAGUCGGAGCAAUUGAUCCUACAUGAUUUAUAUCCUGAAGAAAAUCUAGUUGAAUGUGAAAUAUGUUUUGAAGAUACUUCAACUGAUGAUCAGUUACCGUGUUGUUCAUCCUCGAUAUGUUCAAAUUGUGUUCAACUUCAUUUGUCAACAAACAUCAAUGAAGGUCGAAUUCGGAUCUUAUGUCCGUCAUGUUCACAUAUAUUCACGCACGAAGAAAUUUUAUUAUUAUUGACUAAAAACGAUCCGAAUGGAAAGAUGAGUGAACGUUACAAACAGUUUUAUGCGGAUAUGAAUGGUGAAUUGCACAUAAAAACGUGUCCGAAAUGUUGCUCAAUCAAGGAAAUUGAUAAACGUUUAGUUGAAGGUAUUCGAUGGAAAAAAACCAUUCCGCGACAGGUUAUUUGUGAAGAAUGCCAGUUCGAAUGGUGUUUCUUCUGUCAUGCACCCUGGCAUGAGAAGAUGUCGUGUAAAGAAUAUCAAAAAGGAGAAAAAAUGUUUCGACUAUGGGCUUCCCAAAUCGAUCAAAAUCAACACAAUGCACAAAAAUGCCCGCGUUGUAAAGUUUAUAUUUCGCGAAAUGGUGGCUGUCCACACAUGAUUUGUUCAAAAUGUCAAUGUGAUUUUUGUUAUAGCUGCGGCCGAAGAAGAUUAGGCGUAAAAUUUUUCGGUUCACACGACAGUCGAUAUUCGCCAUUGGGAUGUAAAUAUAAUUUAUAUCCAAAUAAACCCAUUCUGCGUCAUACAGUGCGUGGAUUGGUUACUGGUGUUGCAACAUUAGCCGUACCUGUUGCCAUUGUUGGUGCGAUGACAAUUUUAGCUGUUGGAACAACAAUUGCUCUUCCAACCUAUGGAACUUAUCGUUUAAUUAAACACAUCCGAUUCAAACGAUAUGAACGACAACGAAGACGGCAAACAGAAACAAUACCAAGACAAUGGACAACAAACGAUAGUCUUUCCACGUAUGUUAAUGGUAUUAAUGAACGAAACACAGAAGAAAACCAUGAUGAUGAUGCUAUGGAAAGAGCCAUUCAAGCGAGUUUGGUUACGUUCAGAGAAGAAACUAUGCGAAGAGACGAGGACAACGACGCCAUGUCUUAUUCAACCGAACAUGCACGCCAUUCAAAUCAAAGUGAUUUGGACGAUGAUAGUUUAUAUGAAUAA